GAUACGUACUAUUUAAAUAAACAAUAUAGUACGGAAGUAUGCUUUGUGACGUAGACGCACACUGAUUGGCUGGGCGUGUGAGUGGGCGGGGCUAAACCCUGCAGAUUUAAGACGACAACUGUUCCUGUUUUUUCUCAUUGUGGCGUGGGGGAAGUGUGUGUUUCAGGCUCUGCUUUCUGUUCACCCACACAAUGGUGAAGAUCUUCGUUGGGAACCUGCCUCCCCAGGCAGAGAGCGAUGAAAUCAAAGCCCUGUUCUCUCAGUAUGGCACCGUCACAGAGUGCGCCAUCAUCAAGAACUUUGCCUUCGUUCACAUGGACGAUCGCAAGAACGCUACAAAGGCCAUACGCAAUCUCCAUUUGUACAAGCUACACGGCACCCCCAUUAAUGUUGAGGCCAGCCACGGCAAAAACCAGGGCCCGGUCAAGCUGCAUGUGGCCAAUGUUGAGAAGGGUGCAGAGGAUGAGCUCAGAGCUCUGUUUGAAGAGUAUGGAACAGUAACGGAGUGUUCCAUUAUAAAAAACUUUGCGUUUAUACACAUGAACAACUAUGACGAGGCCAUGGAUGCCAUUAAGGGUUUGGACAACUCUGAUUUCCAAGGCAAAAGGAUUCACGUCCAGCUAUCCAAAAGCCGGCCGCGAGGAGAUGAGGAUGGUUACGGUCCUCCGGAAAGGGGGGGCUAUUGGCCUCCCCGUUUCCCUGGUGACCACCCACAGCCAGGCCCUCCUGGUUUUGGCAGAGGCCGCUUUGGUCCUCCUGGUUACCCCCCUGCCCCGCCUCCACCCCCUCCACCUCCACCCAGACGCCCCCCCUUUCCUGGGGGUGGCUAUGGUGGUGACCGUGAUGGCAAUGGGGUAGUGGAUUAUUAUGAGAAAUAUCGAGCCCGUCCUUAUGGCAUGUCCUCGUACGAGGAUCGCCGUAUGGGCGGCAUUCCACCACCCCCACCACCCCCUUCAGGCAUGAUGAGAGAGCGCAUGCCCCCUUCCAGUCUUGACCCCUAUGAUCGACGCCCCCUCCCACCCCCACCGUCUUCGUUUUACCGCGAUCGUAGUCCCAUCGGAAGGGCACCGCCAGCCCCUCCAGCGUCUGCUGGAAACGGCUAUUCAUACGAGCGCUCCCGUCUCUCCCCUCUUUCCAUGUCUCGGAACCCAAUGUACAAUGCGCCUCGUUCCAGGGACCCCUACAGUGACAGGGUGCCUCCGCCACCACCUGCGCGCUAUACAUACUAAAGUGAAUCUCUGCACUUGUGUACCCAAGGUGUAAUUUAUUCGACAAGAUCGUCGUCGUUGUCUCCUGGUGCACAUGACGCGAUUCGCCCCUCGUCUGACGGAGCGCGUUUCGUUUGCCUGCGCCUCGCUUAUCAGAAGAGUUCUAGUGCGGACUUCACGCUUUAAACUUAAAUGAUUUUUACCCGACUCAAUUUCGUCCACUUGCUUAAACUGUAAUAACUUGCUCAUUCUGUUCGGCUUGUUUUUUACUGUAUAGAGUUCAGUAGGUUAUUGGACUGAAAGCAUCAAGCAGACAAGCUAAAAGUUUUAGAUCUUGUCAAGCCGAUAACUCUUAAAGCUGUUAUUUGUUCAGACUUGUGUACAUUUUGUGACUUUUCUGUGAGAUCAAAACGUUUUGUUUUAUUUGAACCCCUCCCCUCUUUUGUUUGUUCAACCCUGUAACAACGUUUGAACAGUGCCACGUCUUUAGAAUUAAUGGGUACACACGUGCGCCUUGCGAUCUAAACAUUUAAUAGAUCAGCAAUAAUUGCGACUACUGUUCAGUUGAGGUUUUUCCUUUUAGAUUGAAAUUUAGUCAGAAUGGCAUCCCCUCUAAUACGAUGUACUCUUUUUAGGGAUCGUUUCUUUUUUAAAUAAAAAAUCUGACACUAA